AUGUCGAGCGAUAUCAUUCCCGGCAGAAAUUUCGGCCUUGCCGGACGCUCGGCGACGAACGGUUCUGCUGAGCAUAUCGCGGUCGCCGUCCUGAUUGGAGUCGCCUGGUACAACGCUUUAGAACUUAUUGUCCUCUGCUUCGCAACCUUCAAGCGAUAUGGCGGUCUUUACUUUUGGUGUCUGCUUGUUGCAUCAAUCAGCAUUAUUCCCUUUGGCCUCGGAUACCUUCUCAUCAUAUACGAUAUCUACGAUAACUGCUUCCCAGUGGCCAUGGAGCUCGUCGCCUGGGUCGGCAUGGUCACCGGCCAGUCGCUGGUCCUCUGGUCACGACUCCACCUAGUCGUCCAAAACCCCAAGAUCCUCCGCGCAACCCUCAUCAUGAUCAUCGUCGACGCGAUCAUCUUCCACAUCCCCGGCUCCGUCCUCGAACUCGGCAGCCAUACCAACGAAUCUGCCAUCUUCCUCCGUGGCUUCAACGUCUUCGAGCGCAUCCAGCUCAUAGGCUUCUCGCUCCAAGAAGUCAUCCUCUCGGGUAUCUACUCCCUCGAAGCCGUCCGACUCCUGAACCUCCGCCCCCGUGGCCACUACCGUGGCAUCCUCAUCCAACUCCUCGUCGUCAAUCUCUCCAUGGUCCUCAUGGACGCAGCCGUUAUCGCCGUUCAAUACACUGGCAUGUCAGAUAUUCAGUUCUCCCUGAAGGCAAUGGUGUACAGCAUGAAGCUCAAGCUGGAAUACGCCAUCCUGAACAGACUCGUCGUCUUCGCGGAGAAGAUGAGCAGCGGCAACUCGGCUCCUACCGACCUAUCGGAUUUUGUGGAUCUUUCUUUCCGUCCUCAUCAGCCGCCCGCGGAUAGCGACAGCCAGGCACGUAUCAUCGAGGAUUCGGCACAGAGUGUUGCAACUGAGCGGAUUCGUGCGUCGUCGAAACAAUCUUCUCAUGAUCGAAGCUCUUCGGGCACCCCUACAUCUACGUCCAGGGCCAGGGCCGAAAGAGACGAAAUUUUGGCCUGA